AUAUAUAAAAACUCACACCUCUGCUUUGAAACAGAUGAACACAGCAAAUUCUCUGUGUGCAGUAUUCCUGGCUGAUUUCAGUGAGAAACAAUGGCGGUCUGGAUUGUCUGUGUGUCUCUCGGUCUACUCUUUGCUCUGAAUGCUUCAGCUUGUGAAACUGGGUGGAGUCGACAUGGAAACAGAUGCUUCAAGGCAUUUAAUGAUCCAAAGUCCUGGAAGGAUGCAGAGGUGAGGUGCUUGAACAGUGGUGGAAACCUUGCUUCUGUACACAGUUUCAAGGAGCAAGCCUUCCUAAAGCUAUUGGUGUCAAGUUCAAGAUCAUUCUGGAUAGGAGGCUAUGAUGCGGUUUCAGAGGGCACGUGGUUCUGGAGUGAUGGGUCCAAAAUGAAUUUCCAUCUUUGGGACUCGGGAGAACCUAACAACAAAUAUGAAGAGCAUUGUAUUGAGACAAACUAUGGAGGUGUAGGGAAUUGGAAUGACAAAAAGUGUACAGUAGAGCUACCAUUUGUUUGUGCUGUUGCUAUUUGAAUCUGUUCCCUUAAAUGCCCAUGUUAAAUCAGAAAUUGCAUGCAUAAAACAUGUUUAAUACAGUGCAAAUGCAUUGUAUUCACUGAUUAUAAGUUCACUUGCAGUUUUGCUUUGUGGCAUGUUGCCUCAAUGUUCAACAUCUUUCUUUCUGUAACUCAAUAAAACAACUAGCAUUAA